UGAAGCAUACAAAAAUAGGAGGGUCAUUACUGAUGAAAGAUUUACCAGAAUAUUGUGUGUGGAAUACAGCCCUAUAUUCCACACUGGAAUUGCAAUCGUCACGUUAUACUUCAGUGAUUCCUUCUGUAUUGCAGAUAACAAGUAAUGUAAACCAGAAUUCGAAAGAUCGUGAAGAGUCAUCAGCACCACAGAAGACUGAUGCAGUGACAUCACCGUUCACAAGAGUCAGAGACAAAGAGAAUCUGUCUCGAGAUUCUGUACUUGAGGCAUUCUGUUCAAAGGCAAACAUUAAAAAGCAAACGUCCAAAAACAAAGCUUUGAAGAAAAACCUUAACUUCAUAGUGAAAAAUAGUAAAACCUUAGCAAAUAAAAGACUGAAAGUCCAUAAAUUUGAUGUGCCACAUGUAAAAUUGACCUUUCACGGUAAAAAGAGUUCUUCCGAAAUGAGUGAUUUGUCUUGUUCCCAAAAACUUAUUCACACAGAAAGUAGCAAAAGGAAAAGAUAUAUUAAUGCAUUAUCUUGCAGUAAGUAUGGAGACCGCAUUGAAACUCCAAAGAGGAUAGUGGGCAUUGAAACACAAGUUCCUAAGAGAUUAAGAUUAUCUCCCGAAAAUGAAGUGAAGAUGAAGAUGACAGGAGGCAGUGACACCUCACAAAGCCCCAAUAAACUAAGAUUGUCUUCCGAUACUGAAUUUGAAAUGUCGUGUAAUUCCUCAACCCCACAAAUGACAACUGAAGUGCAUGGAGAUGUCGGAUGCAACGUGCAGAAGUGGCCUUUCGAGAAUAUGAUGGAAAUAUCGGGGAGCAAUAGGGAAGAUAGAGAGACUGCAAAGGCAAAUGAAGCAAACACAAAGGUUGAAUAUGGGACUGUUAAAGUGGGCAUAAAGGCUAAGGAUGUACCAGAAGACUGUACACAUAAUGAAACGAGUCCAAAUAAAAGAGAAAAUGUCGAAGACAAAGAAUCUUGUAAGGCAGGUGUCAGCCCAAGUAAGGUUGAGUGUAGAUUACUUAAAAAAGGAAGAUACAAUGAGAAAAGCAUGAAAGCAUCCCAGCAAAAUGAGUGUAGAAUGGAAGGCAAAUCUGCAGACAAUGAUAGUGUUAACAAUGAGGGCAAAAAUGUAGGCCAAAAAAAUAAUGAGAGAAGUGAGAUAAAUGAUGAUAAUCCUCCUAAAAUGUGCAAAGAUAAUAUAUUGGAAUCAUUAACCUAUGGUAUUUGUAGCAAAAACAGUAAGGAGUAUGAGGGAGAAAACAGUCAAGACGGCUUGCAUUCUGUCAUUAGUAAACUCACUCCAGAAGGUGAGUCUUGUGAAGGCAUCGGUGAAAAUAAUGUAGAUUACACACAGAGUCAUAACAAAAAGAAUGUAAUGCAAAGUAAUUCUCUGAAUGCUCAUGUGAGGGAAAGUGAGAAUUGCAAUAAUAGUUUGUAUUUUGUAAAUGAAACAAUCAAAACUAAUGUAGAAUUUUGUGGUAACGCUGAAUUAACUCAGAAUACAAAUAGCUUCAAAUCUGCAACGAGUAACGUUACAAAGAAUGUCAAUUUAAAUCAUGGACACGAUGACACUAUUUUACAUUCUUGUGGAAGUGUAGAUAAUACCGCUGAGAACGACACGUGUGGUGAGCAACCCUACAGAACAAGUUGCCUGAAAGAAAAGGGUCCACCAAGAGCACUUCAAAACUGUCAAAAAAAUUCCCCGCAACAGUUGCAAAGUACUAAUAUUGAUGAAAAUCAGGAUUUGCCUGGCAGUAAUGCACGUGAGCUAUCCAACUUGAAUAUUGGUACAAAUUGCUGCCAGACAAGUUCUCGAAAAGCAAAGCUCUCGGUCACCUUCAACGUGCCUGAAUAUGAUCAGUCGGACACAAACAAUGUUGUUGCUAAUGCUGGGAAGUCAAGUUCUGAAGAAAGGUAUUUAGCAAAUGCCUUGCCAGUUCCAGAGCUUUCAGCCAAAAAAGAUCAAUUUAGAAACAUGAAGACAAAAGGACCUCUGAAGUUUAUGGUAGAACAGAAUACAAAUUCACAGCAUGAAAAAACGCAGAAAAGGCUUACACCUGAUGAAGAAACCGAGAAUGGUGAGGGAGGAAGCAUUCGGUCUGAAAAGAAGAGUACGAAAAGCUUUGAAAACAAUGAACCCGCCAAGAACAAAGCACCCAAACAAACCAAGAAGCCUAAACACUUUUCGUCAUGGAAAGCCAUAAAUUCUAAUAAAAACUUUAGGUCUAAAAAAUGGAAGCGUACACACCCAACUCCAGGUUCUUCAUCCACCAAGGGCAAGAAGGGUGGAGACAAAUUAAAAGGAAUAGCGAUCGAAGAUGACCGCUAUGUACCAAGGGGAUGGAAGCGUGUCAUUGAGCCGCGUCUUACUAGAACAUCCAAAGGAUUGACUGUCAAGACCGAUGUUAAGGCAUGUUCACCAGAUGGAAAAACUCUCAUUUGUCCAAAAAAACUUAAAAAGUAUUUUGAGGGAAAGCUGAUGAAAUUGGAUGAGAAGCUGAACAUGCAUAAAAUAUAUAGAAUGUCUCCCUCAACCAAAAAAAAAGUUAUGGAGAAGAAUUCCCACCUUGUAGAAGUAGUUGAAGCAGAGCGAGACACGUCUCACAACCCUGGUAGCUCCCGAGCCAAGGCUUACAUGCCUCUCAGAUUAACCUUCAAGAAGUCUGCUGAUCUUCCCAUUGGAGGUAAACCACAGACUAACAAUAUGAAUGAAUGCAGUAAAGAUGGAAGGAAAAAUAGCACAAUAAAUAUUAGUAAAAUGUUUAAAAACACUAACAAUUCAAGUUGCCAGGAAGAGUCUAGCAAAUUUAUGAAAGGAAAACACAAGAUGAAUGAAGUGAGGAGAGACAGUGUACAAGACAAAGCUAUGAAAAUUGGCGGAGGUGUAAGUCAUCCUGAAUCCUCACCAGCAGUAAAUGCUGGAUUAUGCUCCGUUGUUAAGCACAAAAUGGUUACUGACUUGAGUAGUGUGGAUCUUGGUUACGAUCCUUAUAUAUUCACCGAAGAAAGCAGUGAUUCUGUUGAUGUGAGAAAUAGUAAGCUGUUAACAACCUCAAGGAAGAGUAUUAAUAGCACAGGAGUCAGCAUUUCAAGGAAUGAAAGGAAGUCAAGUUUUGGGCUUAAGAAUCAAAGCAAAGAAUUAAAUAGCACUGAACCUGUAAUUAAUGAAACAUGUCCUUUAGAGAAAAAUGUUAGUCUUGACAAUGCCCCUUCUGUACCCAUGUUAAUAAAAUGUGUAGUAAAUAAUAGCUCUGACAACACCAAUGAAACAAAAUCACAGCCCUUGGUUUUAGAUGAGAAUCCUCAAAAUUCGGUAUUAGAUUUACUUCAGAUUAAAUGUGGAGAUAAACUUGGUCAAGUGUGUCUCUCACAGAAUCAAAAUUAUACAAAUUUUGAAUUGAAUGGUUUAAGCAUGGCAAAAGGAGCACUUUUACUAAAGGGAACAAAAGCAAUAUCUGAGGAGGAGUGUAAUGUUAAUACUGUUAAAACUCAGUGUAUACCAGAGAGCAUGAAAAUAAAAGAAGGGAAGACCCCGUCUGUAUGCUGUGAAAAAUAUGUCAUGAAGACCCCUGACAAUAAUGACUUUUGGGAUAUGUCUGAAGACACCAGCUGCAUUGCAUCAUGCACUGCUGCACAGGUCUCUAAACGUGUCGAUAAACAAAAACAUGUCUGUGAUGCCUCAGACGAGUUUAAUCGGGAAAACUUUGACCAUACUCCAACAGAUAAUGCCACAGCUGUUGUCAGUGAAGGUUUACCUCGAUGUAACAUAUCUGAGGAUAUUUCUAAAGCUUCGUCAGAGCUUCCCAGAUGUGAGAAUGAUGAACACUCGUCCAGUGUAAUCACCAUCCCUGGAGAUACUGGGGAUAAAAUUCAUAUAGAUGAUCUUGUUACUUCACAGGGUCAGUCCCAAAGAUCAUGUAAUAGUUCACCAAGAUCUCCUCAGCUUAAUAGUCAGGAGACACAAACUACUGAAAGGAUAAACAUAACAGAAGUUAGAGUAUUGAGUAAGGAAGAUGGUGAAAAGUUUGCUUUGAUACCUCUAGCCCCUGAUGCCAAUAGGGAAGAUAUUUUGCUGGAAUUAAGGUAUUACAAGAGGCUGCCACAUCACACGGAUCAUUCCUUCUUAAUUAACUCGCAACUCUUCACAUUGUCUCCACACAAGAGAGCUUUGGCUGCUACGUUGGAAGAGGCUGUGUUAGCCACUCAGUCAUGUGAAGAUAAUUCCCAUUCAUCAGUAAAGAAGCAUAAUAAUGAGAAGUUCCUCAAAACACAAAAAGUAAAGUGGCUCCAUAAUACAAAUAAUGUUACAAAACCAUUAUGCCCAAAGAGUCUGAUAAAGGAAUUUUUCAGUGAGGCAAGAGUAAAGCGGGCCCAGGGAAAUGAAGACAUACAAAUUAAAAAUAAUUGUAUAAAAAAAAUUAAUCGUGGCAAACAGAAUUUGAAAGGCAGUGAAGCGAAGCAGAAUAGGAUGGCGGUGAAUAGGGUAACUUCACGUGGCAGUGUAAUGGAGCUUGACGGUAAAAAAAUGAACGACGAGGUUGUCACCCCAGUGCAGACGUGUUCAAGUGAUCAGCGUAUAGUAAAUAAUUUUUCGCAAGAUGGCACUCAGAAUAGUGAUGACGUGAAUUGUUUUGCAGCUUUUGAUGCUUCUGUGAGUUGUAGCGACACUUCUGAACUAAUUGAAAAUAAUAGUCUCUCUGGAAGCAUCUGUUCUGAAGGUCAUCAGAUAAUAAGAUCGAAAACAAUUCAGCAUAACAUGAUGAAAUCCAGUAAAUUGGCAUCUUGCCUGGGAAUUCAUCUGUGUCAACUCAGGGCAACCUUAAGAGUGUCUUGCACAGAAAACGAGUGCAGUCGUCCUGCUGUUCCAUCCCCAAGAUCACGUUUGUGCCAUCACCAUAAGCACAAUUCCAAGCGAACCAUACAAUCUCUUGUGAGCCCAACUUUAUUUGAAAUGUCAUGCCCACUUUGUCAGUUAACAUUUCAUGAUCUAAGACCUUGUUCCUAUCAUCCUGACAUACUAAGUAAUGCACGCAUGAACUGCUUCAACCCAGACUCACCACUAGAAGCCUUGGCUGAGAAACUGGAAACAGAAUACUGGGAGUAUGUGGGUAUCAUAUCUUCAGUCUUCCCUAGCAAAACAUCUGUAGCUCUUCCAUCGCCUUAUGAGUCAGGUUCUACCUGUGCUGUUCAUGGGGUUACACAAGACAUAGAUCUAGAGGCCUUUUGUUCUCAGGCGUCUCAGUGUAGUAGUCUUGGUAAUAACCGUAGGUAUUCAUCUUCUCCGGGUAGUAGAGCAGACUCUCAUGACUCGCAUGACUCGUGCUAGAGUGCUCAGCAAGCUGGUGCUUGUCUUUAAUGAACUAAUAAUUAUUAGGGAUUGUAAUUUUAGUUCAUUUCCAUCAAGCUCUUAAUGGAAAGGUUUCAGUAUCACUUCAGAAAAAUCCAAGGCUACUUCAAGCCAGUUGUGUAUGAAGGCAGAAUGGCAGAAAAUUGUUUCCAUUUUCUUUUCAAUCAGAGCAGAAAUAUAUAGUCUAAAAAGUUCACCAAAAUCCAAUUAUUUCAUCUGAAAAAAUUUCAGACUAAUAUUUACUUGCUGGUAAUACCAAACUUGGGCAGGUAAAAUCUAGUUUCGCACCAUGGGCAUCCCCUUACCAUUGACACAGAAGCCAUGAAGUUAUUGCAACUAAAUGUAAUUCACACCCAUGAUCAUCUCUUGCUGGGUGACCCUGCCCAUUAUUCACUGUCAAGCAUGUUCUCAAAGCCUGUACAGUAUGAGAGGUACUUCAAAAUGUGAGAGAGAGAUGAGCUCCUUGGUUCCUUCCUGCCAUAUUACUGAAUUAAGAUAAGAACAUCAGCUGUUUAAUUCAUUGACUUAAGGAUAUCAAGUAUUUUCAUCACCUUAUCACCUUCAAUACCACCUUGAACUUGCAUAUUCCAUGAUUAACAGUCCUUGACUUUCCGUGUCACUUAGACGGUAACAAGGUCCUCCCGGUACCAGUACUAGGCUUCAAACCUGCACUCGAUCAUGCCUCUUUAUCUUAUGUACUUGUCGGUACUGUAUCCAGAAGCCUGAAGCUGGUGAAGCAUCCUGAUAUUUUCUUUUGACAAGUUUUUUCGUGAUCAUUAUAAAUUUUAACACAGCCUUAGUUUUAAUGCUUUUUGAUAGAGAAAUGUAUAGUCAGUGGUGCAGUAGAGGUAAAUAGAAAAAGUUAGUGAACAGUAAUAUACGAUGAAGCAACUUAUGGAUAGAAAAGUUUGUUAAAACAAAAAACUUGUUUUCUUCAUAUAAAAUAGUAAGAAGUGAUCAAUGGAAUAUAGAGUGGCUUUCUUUAUCAUUGGUGCAAUAUAAAAAUAAUUUAAGAUUUGCCAGUCAUUUACACGGUAAGAAAUGAUAUUCAUAUAUAUUCUUAAUGUAAUGCAACAUUUUGCUAUGUUAAGCGUUUCUUAAAAAAAGAAAAAGUGACAUUGUUAUAAAGAUAAUUUGACAAACUCACUAAGAGUAUAGACCCGUACAGUUCUAUAUACAGUAUGUUUACAUACAAUGACUUCAGAGAUUAACUCUAACAUUGUAAUAUUUCUCUAUGAAUUGUCAUUGUGUGUGUGCCAUUGGGGUAUUGUUUACACUAAUGUAAUUACACUAUGUAAUGUGACAAAUACACAGCGUGAAAGAGAACAGUGGAAGGUGUUGUGAAUGCUUGGAGCUAGUGAAAUGCUGUUUAAGUUAGAUAUACUGUAUUGUGGUGAGUUUUUAGGGUAUCAGAUUUCAGUUGUAAGAGUUAAGGAUGUAAUGGGUAACUGACUUAAUAUUGAUGGAGGAUUAGGUACACAUUUUGUAAUGUUCAAAUGGGUUCCUCUGAAUAUGGGUUUAAGUGUUAGGUCAAAGAGUAUUAUAGAAAAGGAUGAGACCUUAGCAUUGGUAUAGAUGGAGUUUAUAAAGGAUCAAGGGUUUAAUAGGAUAAUUUAAAAUUCUAUUGAUUUGUGUAAGUGUAUGUGUGAAAUCAGGGUAAUGGAGAAGUGCUAGUCGUUAAAUGAUAUGCCUACAGGGUGCAGAUGUUCCCUUCUAUACUGAAAGGAAAUGCUGGUGUGGCACAAUUUUAAAGAAGCAUUCGAACAGUUGAAAUGGAAAAUAUAGAAUAAGGAGAUAGUUACAAUAACAUGGCUGAAAAAUGUUGACCAAACCACACACUAGAAAGUGAAGUCCCUUUCACUUUCUAGUGUGUGGUUUGGUCAACAUAUAGAAUAAGGAAUGAGAAUGUUCAUGAAAGAUGUGGGAUGUAGUGCGGCUGAUACAUUGUUGUGGAAGCUUUUUUUUUGUGUUGUGGUGGUGGUCCCAUUUUUAUGGUGGUGAUACCUGGUGUGUUGAAAGUAAUAUGAAACAUAUUACUUUCUACUAGAAAGUAAUGUUUACCCGAGAGCCACUAACAGUAGUGGCCUCGAUGAAGACAGUAAGCCAGCGGCUUGUCGAAGGUCCCCCUAAUUUACCUUGAUGAUCUUUUCCAGCUGUACUUUAAAACCCAAUAGAGUUUUGGCAUUAAUGGCUUUGGCGGGUAGGUGGUUCCAUAGGUUAAUAACCUUGUGGCUAAAAAAAAGCAUCUCCUGUUUUCAGUCCUAAAGUCCUAUACAUCUAAUGUGUAGAUGUAGAAAGUAAUAUGAAACAUGACAAGAACACUUGUGAUCCUGUGAAGUGUCUUUAACCGUCUUCUCCUACGAUACAGUUCCAUCUCCUGAGAACAGGAGAUGUUUUUCACCCACAGGGUUAUUAACCCAUGUAACUGCUUACCUGUCGAAGCUGUAACUGCCAAAACGAGUGUUGAGUUUUAAAAUAUACUGUACCUAGAAAAGAUCAAGGCAAAUGGGGGGGACCUCCGACAAACUGCCGGCUUCUUGUCCUCAUCGAGGUCACUAGGGUUGGUGGCCCUCAGGUAAAUCAGUUAAAUCUCUGACCGAGUGACUCCACCCCAUGUGAAAAUAAGUUUUUAGUUAAGUUCAUUUAUUAUGCAGCCCCCAUACCCAUCCUGUGGAAAUAAGAAAUGAGUAAUGUUGAUUUUUAUUCACACAAUUGAUGUACUUUAUCAUAAAUUAUACACUCAUGAAUUUGGUCAUUGGCAAUUUUAGUACAGUAUUACAUUUUAUCAGCUGUUAACCCUUUUUAUGUCUGCAAAUAUUUUAGUGAACUACAGUGUGUACUUGUCUUGAAUCUAGAGAGACUAUGUUACAGGUACUUAGAAAUUUUGUAGGGAGUUAAUCAGAUAAGAAUUUUGAAUUAUAACCAUUGGACAUGAAUGUUAUAUCUGGUGUUUAAAUAUUGCAACAUAUAGCAACAUUUAACAUCAGAUACAGUACAGUUAAAAUUGUGAAUGUAUUGUAGCCUUGAGCUGAGGGAAUGUUGGGUUAUUAUUCACUCUACUCGCAUCUUUAUUAGCCAUGACUGCAAGCUGUGAUCUAGACAUGCAUGCUGACGGUAAGCUCUUUGAUGACGUUUUUGUUUCAAUUCAAAUUACAGUAUUUUAUUUCAUUACAUUAUUGAAUUAAUAGUUGUACAUAUUGAACAUUUUGUGUAGAAUUUGAAGUUUUUCUGCAAUGCAGUUGAUUUACCUGAAAUUUAAUGUCCAUAGUGACAUGCUAUACGGGUGGCUUGAAGUCAUUUUAUUGCAGGUUGCACAAAGUGCUUAAUGUCGGCAAUUACAGUUGCCGUGCUGGUGUUUGUCAGCGGCACUGAUGUUCUGCACUUGGUAUGCUUGAAGAUUGUAGACUUUGGUUUGUUUCAACUAUCUAGGUUUACUGUGUGAAUUUUGUGGUUGCUGUAUAAUCUUUUAUCUGUUUUUGACAUUCUUAUUACACUGUUGUGAUAACACAUAUUGACUGCACAAGUCAUGCACUUGUUUGGACAUUCCAUUAUAUAGUGUCAUGAACUUAUUUUGACUUUCCAUAUUACAUAAGAAUACACGAAUUUGUAGGCAGCCUGUUGGCCCCAUACAAGGUAGCUAAUAUAAAUAGCCCACCAAUCUUGCUCAAAUUGUACAUAGGUCAAACCUAAACGUGAAACAAUCCAGAGAUCCCAUGUGUAUUAUGUUACAUGGUAAUUUGUUCCAUAAUUUAGUGUUGUCGCAUACACUUUUAUUUAUAUAGUUUCUAUACUACAAUAUUGUCAUGUGCUCUAUUUUGUGUGACUCUUGAACUGAUGUAGUUUAAACUCAGUUAAUGUAUCGCUUAUAAUUUAACUUUUUUUUUUUUUCCCCAGAAUGUCAAAUUAACCGUAAUUAAUUUUUUAAGAAUAAUUUGGCUGGUUAAAGCAAGUUAGAAAGUCAGGUUUCUUUUAUUUAUGAUUAUAAGUAUAUGUUGCAGUACUGUUACUACAAGAGAUGUGUGCUAGAUGUGUUAAGGUAGAAAUCUCUGUGAAGACUUUUAACACAUGUUUUUUAUUGGUGCUAGGCAUAUAGUUCACUGCUGAAAUGAAAUCUUUGAUGUGAAUGAAAGCUCAAAUGACUCACAUUGACUAGAUUUUUCACUUUGACUAAAAUAUAUAUAUACAGUAUACAGAUAAAGUAUUCAUAUAUGCAUUUAUAAAUAGCUACUAAAGAUUUACACUGUAGAUGAAAGAUUUUUUUUUAAUACAUUUAAUCAUAUUUACACAAUUUGAUUGUCUUACUAUGUAAACAAUAUGUAUGUAGUUAGGUUACUUUAAGCAAAAAAAUAUGUACAUGUGCUUGAGAUGACUGAUUUCUUAUUUUUGUAAUUUUUUGCCAAUUUAUGAAUUAUUUGCAAUUACUAUUAUUUUGUUACUUUUUCCUGCUUUUAAUUUUUCUCCUUCCAUUUUAUUUUAUCUCUGGCUUCUCUCUCUUGUUCUUAUUUCAGCUUCCUCCUGUUCCUGAUUACCUACCUACCUACUUACCUACCUCCUCCUCCUCCCUUUACCUACCUCCUCCUCUUCCUCCCUUACCCUACCACCACCACCACCUCCCU